UAAAAUUGAUGUAUCUGAGCCUCCGUAGCCCAAACCUGCUCUUUGGAGAUAAAUAUACAUUAAGUUGCUCUUACGCUUUGUCCUGCAUACACAUCUAUUGCAAGAGCUCGUACCAUGGAUUUGACUGGAAGAUGACCUGCAGCCCGAGCUUAUGACUGACAGAUUCUGCCGUUCACCAGGUCACAUUUGAGGUUCCACACAGGGUGACCCAUGCUUUCUGAUGAGCUUGACUCCAAACCAGAGCUGCUGGUGCAGUUUGUGCAGAACGCGUCCAUCCCAUUGGUGCAGGGUCUGGAGGACUCGGAGUCCAAACACUGCUGCCUGCCUCUGCUGGCCCCUGCUGAGAGCUCCCUGUGCACCCCGCUGGAGCUCACAGAUGGAGGCCUAAGCCACGAGCCUGAGAGUUCCCCCUCCCUGACAGAGUUUGGAGGCGUGUCGGAGCAAAGCUCAUUAGUAGUCCAGACGCACUCUCACCCACGGGCCUCAAGCCCCCCGCCCAUCCUCCAUGACUUACAGCAGUCAGACAACACUUCCUAUGUCCUGCUGAACCUUGCAAAAGGCAUUACAGCCUCCUCAGAGUCCCUGAUCUUCGCCGCAGAUGGCGCCGGGGAUGAUGAAGAUGAGGGGGUCCCAUCGGGGGACUACGGAAUAGAUGGCAGCGCUCCCUGGUAUCUGCGGGUACAAGAGCUGGCACAUGACAGCUUGAUCGCCGCCACACGGGCUCAGCUAGCGAAGGAUGCCAAGGCCAGCCAGGACGCCAGAGCUGCAAGUGUCACGAACGGUGACCACACACACAGUCUGAUAGCAGACGGGGACAAACGAGACCUUUCUUCCAGAACGAGCCGCCCCCUCUCCAAGCAGAUGCGCUGCUCGUUUGAGGGCUGCUGCAAGACCUUCACCUGGCCCGCUCAUUUCAAAUAUCACCUCAAAACACACAGGAAUGACCGGAUGUUCAGGUGCGGCGCAGAAGGCUGCGGGAAGAGUUUCUACGUGCUGCAGAGGCUGCAGGUUCACAUGAGGACUCACAACGGCGAGAAGCCCUUCAUUUGCAAGGAGACGAACUGUGGCAAGAGGUUCACCACUGCUGGAAACUUGAAGAACCACAGACGCACACACACAGGAGAGAAGCCUUUUCUGUGUGAAGCAGAUGGCUGUGGGCGAUCCUUUGCAGAGUAUUCCAGUCUACGAAAACACAUGCUCGUGCAUUCUGGUGAGAAGCCUCAUGUGUGUGGGAUCUGUGGGAAGACUUUUUCUCAGUCGGGCAGCAGAAACGUCCACAUGAGGAAGAGACACGGAGAGGAGGGACUCAGUAGUGAAAGCAGAGAAACAGGAGAGGCUCUGACACAGAGCAGCCUGCUGGAGGCAGACGGUGAGAAUGGAGACAAUAUGGUCACCAUGACAACAACCGUGGAACCCAUGAAUCUUCACCACGCCAUGCUGAGAUCACCAGGCUCUGCAGACUCUGUGGUAGUUCUCUCUCAACCGCAUGAACUGGUGACCAUGACAACGGAGGGCCAUGCAUAUGGAGAAGAUGUAGUUGCUCUGCUGUAGUCCACCUUCACAACAAACAUCACACACUGCGCGUUGCAGCAGCACUGGGCUGACUGCCACAGUGGACUACAUAUAGAUAUGUAUCUGUAAAAAGAUGACUUUCAGACCUGUAGACCCUUGUAGAUAUUUGUAAUUAGCAACCAGUGAUGGUUUUAUUUUAAUAAGCGUGAAAUGGCAAAGUUUGUACAAACAUU